AUACCAUCAAAAUCUGAAGAUCAAAAUUUAUAAUUUGCUCCAAUAUCAUAAAAUCUUCAAAUACACUCUAGCUUACAAGAUCACGAUUUAUUUCUAAAAUCUAUGUCAAUCUCGAAAUGGCUAGCUUUCUACUCGUCACUUCCCGUGGUUUCCCCGUCCUCGAUUUCACUUCCUGAAAUGGUGGACAAGGAAAACUAUGAGAUAAACUCAAUAAGUAAAUAUGGAGUGCUCAUUAUUAAACUUAUAGCAUGCCAACAUGUGCAAUCACGCAAAACGGAUACAGUACGAGAACGAAAUAGACGUCUCCUCUAUAAGUCACGGUGAGCGUCUAACACCCACUGGCAAGCGCACUGUUUGCUGGUGUAUAAUCCCCACAAGCAAGGUCACUAUUUGCUGGUGUAUAAUCCCCACAAGCAAGGUCACUGUUUGCUGGUGUAUAACCCCCACAAGCAGGGUCACUGUUUGCUGGUGUAUAACCCCCACAAGCAGGGUCACUCAACGAACCGAUUCUAUCAAUAACAUGUCGACAUGUACUAGCGUUUAUAACCUCCCCCACUAGCAGGGUCACUAAUAACAUAUAGACAUGUGCCAACAUGUGCUAGCGUUUAUAACCUCCUCCACUAGCAGGGUCACUAAUAACAUGACCACAUCGGAGACAAAACAGGCAGAAGUUCAAGAAAAUCACAAUUCACAAUCACUUUCAGAUCAUUAGGACAGUCACUUAAAUUUCAAGUAGGCAUGCUCAAUUUAAUGAAAAGCAUAAAACAUUUCACUUCAAAUCAGUCAUACUUGUGUAAAACGGGUUUAGUCCCGCCACCACUUCAAAAACAAAUCAAAACAUGCUUUUAAA